AAGUAAUUAAGUAGUGUUCAUCUCUUCUCUCCUCCCGUACCUUUCUUGCUCCCUUUCUACUCUUUUUUCAUCUUUCCAAGACAAUGGUGGUAUGGAUUCCCCUCUCACGCGUUUUCUUUCUCUGCAUUCUUCUUCUAUUUUCUCUCACAGAUCUCUGUAACAGCCAAGCUGACUUCAACAACAAAACCUCAACCGGAUAUUUGAAACUACGGUUGCUUCACAGAAACCCAUUUGUUUCCCCAGCACAAGCUCUCUCUUUAGACUCUCACCGUCUCUCUGUUCUCUACUCAGCCUUGCAGAGCCGUAAAAGCUUAAAGUCUCCGGUCGUCUCCGGCGCGUCGACGGGCUUCGGGCAGUACUUUGUUGAUUUCAGGAUCGGAUCCCCACCUCAGAAGCUCCUCCUUGUGGCCGAUACAGGCAGCGAUCUCGUCUGGGUCAAGUGCUCUGCUUGUCGGAACUGUAGUAAACACGCUCCAGGCUUGGCCUUUCUGGCUCGCCAUUCGACAACAUUCGCUCCGAUUCACUGUUACGACCCAGCGUGUCAACUCGUCCCUCACCCUGUUAAACACCAGCCCUGCAACCAUACUCUCCUUCACAGCACUUGCCGCUACGAGUACUUGUACGCCGAUGAGUCUAGAACGAGUGGGUUUUUCUCUAGGGAGACGGUGACGUUGAACACGAGCUUUGGACGAGUUGCUCGACUGAAAAAACUCGCUUUUGGUUGUGGAUUUCACAUCUCUGGUCCGAGUGUUUCAGGUGCGAGCUUUAAUGGCGCCCAUGGAGUUAUGGGACUUGGGAGAGGGCCCACCUCCUUCUCCUCCCAGGUGGGUAAGCGGUUCGGCUACAAGUUCUCCUACUGCCUCAUGGAUUAUACCAUAUCUCCGCCUCCGACGAGCUAUCUCUUGAUCGGAGAGACGCAGCCCAUUACAAGGAAGCAAAUGAUGAGCUUCACUCCAUUACACACAAGCGCUUUAUCUCCCUCGUUCUACUAUAUAGGGAUCAAGAGCGUAUUCAUCGACGGCGUCGGAUUGCCGAUCGACCCCUCCAUCUGGGCCUUAGACAACCAGGGUAACGGCGGCACCGUGAUCGACUCCGGCACCACACUAACCUUCAUCGCGGAGCCAGCUUACCGUCAGGUUCUAACGGCGUUUAAAAAGAGAAUCAGAUUACCGAGAACGACCGACCCAUCUUCGAGUCUGGACUUCUGCGUCAAUGUGUCGGGGGUAGCAAAUCCUUCGUUACCCAAGUUAAGUUUUCGACUCGAGGGUGACUCGGUAUUCUCCCCACCGGCAAGGAACUACUUCAUCGACGCGGCGGAGGGCGUCAAGUGCCUGGCUAUGCGACCUGUCACCACCCCGUCGGGCUUCUCGAUAAUCGGGAACUUAAUGCAACAAGGGUUCUUGUUUGAGUUCGACAGGGAGAGAUCACGCCUGGGUUUUUCUCGGCAUGGUUGCGCCUUACCAUGAGUGCAAGGCGAGUUCGGUGGAGUGGAAUCAGAGGCAGACUCAGCGAGUCUGGGGAGCCAAUUUUUCUUUAAAUUGUUGUAAUGGAUCACUAUUAAUUAAUAUAAUUAAAUUAUUGGAGA